UUGCAAAUCCUAAACCCCAAAACCCUAAGUUAACUUCAAGAGUUUGAACCAUCUUUGACUGUACCUCGGGUCUAUAUAAGGCUACACAAAAGCUGCAUAUCAUUCUCUUCUUCAUUCUUCUUUCUGUCCAACUACUAAAAACAGACAUACUCAUAGAAAAAAGAAUUAAGAUAACUCAGUACGUACAAUGAUCAACGUACCACACAAGACAACAGGGGUGUCUUUAAGGUUUAUAACUAUAAGUUCGUUACUGCUGUUAGCCAUUGCAAGCAUCCUCUUCGCUGCUUUUCACUGCAAAGGAGGGAAAAAUGUUGGAUUCGUUGCUGCCUCAGAUGAAGAGGUACGCCCCAAGAACGUUUAUAUUGUUCCCGCUGCUGCAGCUGCUAGAGAAAAGACAUUAAAAACCCGAAAAAUGGUGGUCGAUAAAACGAUUAUACUUAACAAGAAGGCCGAAGAAAAAUUAGUGGCAAGAGGAAAGCAUACGACUUUUAGGAGAAUAACCCUUUCCGGAAACAAAAAUGUGAAUUUUGUUGCUUUCACUGAAGAUUACCAUAAACCAAGGCAUCAUCCACCAAAGAAUAACUAAUUAAACUGUCUUAUUGUUUACAUUAUUUUCAUUUUCGGUUUUGUGAUUUGACUUAUUCCAUUAAACAGGUGAUUUGUCGAGUUCUUAUACCAAAAGAUUCGGGAGGUCACUUGCUUUAUGUAAAAGUCAAAAUGAAUAUGAAAAUAAUGUAAACUAUAUAUAUUACUACGUAAUGUUUUUGAGCUUAAAAAUUAAUAGAUGUAACGUGGUUUCUUUGUUAGGUUGUGUUUUUCAUAUUUUUCUUCAUAGGUUUGCUUUUGUUUCUUUUCGUUUUGUUGUAUUAUUGUUAUGUUAAAGAAGUGG